AUGGAUGAGGAGAAGGCUGUGCUCCUAAAGCAAGUAAAGUGUUACAGCUGCAAGGAAUCCGGUCAUCUUUCUCGUGACUACCCAAAGAAGAAGGAGCAGAUCAUGUUGCCGAGAGAGGUCCUCGAAAAUGGCGUAUACCCUGAGGAUAUGGAUUCUGACCCAAAGGAUUCAGAUGCCCUCAAUCAAUGUGAAUCCUCGGCAUCAGUAAUCAUUGCACCAAUCAGAGUAUCACCGAUUAUUGACCGAAUCCUUAAUGCAAACCGCACACAUCUAAGCCUACAUGAGCUCCGUGAGCUGGCCAAGCACGAGGAUGAUGGAAAGUGGAAGAUGGAAGGUGAUUUACUAUUGCGAGGAGGAAGAUUAGUGGUACCGGAUGAUGGUGAUCUUCGUGCGCGUCUGCUGGAUGAGAUCCAUCGUCAACCAUCUAUAGCACAUCCUGGACAGGAGAAAACGAAACGCAUGGUUUCUGCGCGGUACUAUUGGCAGAACCUCUCAGGUGAUGUGAAGCGAUAUGUCAACAAUUGUCAGAUCUGCAAGCGCACGAAAACAUGGCGAGAUAGAGCUCCAGGCCUCUUGCAACCACUCCCAAUCCCAGGUCGACCUUGGCAGCACAUUACAAUGGAUUUUCGCUCAUUUCCAAAGGAUCGACACGGGUUUGACAAUGUAUGCGUGUUUGUGGAUCUUCUGACGAAGCGACCGAUCUCAGUGCCAUGCCAUAAGGAGACCGACGCAAAAGCCACAGCACGAUUAUUCAUUGAUAAUGUGUAUCGAUGGGUAGGCCUACCAGAAUCGAUUGUGUCAGACCGGGGUGGCCAAUUCGUGUCAGAAUUCUGGAAAGAAUUCUGUAGAAACCUUGGUAUUGAGAGAAGACUAUCGACAGCGUAUCACCCCCAAACAGAUGGGCAGAUUGAAAUUGCGAAUCAGUACAUGGCGCAGAGAUUGAGACCCUUUGUGAAUCAUUGUCAGGAUAACUGGUCCGAAUACCUUCCGAUGGUCGACUUUGCUGCAGCCGCAUUGCCACAAGAAACAACAGGAGUCUCACCAUUCUUCGUUGAACGAGGGUACGAACCACACGUUUCCUUUGAUUGGGAAACACCUGCAGAGUGCGAUUGGCUGAGCCAGGUAUCGCCACGCUUACGUGAAUCCCUUGAUCCACAAGCACAGGAGGCGCGUGUUUACACUAGCCGUCUCCAAGAUAUAUGGGAAGAAACCCAACAGCGAGCAACUCGAGCACAAAGCCGCCAACAACAACAAGCGAACCAGCAUCGACGUGAAGAGGACUUUGGAGUGGGAGACCUAGUCUAUGUCACAACGAGGAACUGGCGAACAGAUCAACCAGGACGAAAGCUCGCAAAUCAAGCAAGUGGCCCCUACAGGAUUGUUGAAAAGAUUGGCCAUUCGUAUCGACUCGAUCUACCAGACUCUAUCCGGGUGCACCCAAUAUUUGCACCUGAAAAACUACUUAAAGCCACUCUGAUGGAGCCACUGCCAGGCCAAAUUGUCGACCCUACACCACCAGUGGAAGUGAACGGUGACACGGAAUGGGAAGCCGAAGAGAUUAUUGCUGUUCGGCUGCACUACCGAAAGUUCCAGUACAAAGCAAAAUGGAUCGGUAGCGAAGACGACAACUGGUAUCCCGCCAGCGACUUCAAGAACGCACCCGAGAAACUGAUAGAGUUCCACCGCCGAUAUCCUGAUCUCCCAGGGCCCCCAAAGCGCCUGAAUGGAAACUUUUCUGAUCCUUCUACGGUGAUAGCCGGGAAGAUCAGACUGGGGAUGAACGGGAACCUGAGAAGACCACGGACCCGCUAUUGUUAUCGGGGCCGGAUGUUCCAGAUCAGACUUGAAUUUCUGCCGCUCGAUCGUGUCUGA